GACUGUCCUCUUGUGCUUAGAUCGGUUUACCAUCAUUCGUAAGUAAGAUGAAAUCACUCUUCAACGUAAACUGUAUCGUGGUGUUGGUGCUGUGCCUAAGCAAUGCGUUUGCCAGUGAUACUAAUAUGGAUAACCAAACUGAGAAAGCAAUCCCACAAGUGUCCGCAAGCGCACAGCCGCAUGUGACCAGCAAUUAUUCUCAUUCUGGACGAAUUGUUAACGGAAAGGCUGCGGAUAUCGCAUCAUUCCCGUACAUAGUGGGUUUGCGCGUGAAAAACGUUUGUGUGUGUGGAGCUAGUGUUAUUACAUACUGGCACGCUUUGACUGCUGCUCACUGUGUAUACUUCAAUCAAAACAUUUCUGAGAUCACGCUACACGGUGGCAGUGCGUCGCUGAGCAAAGGUGGAAUUGUGUUUUACGCCAGCAAAAUCGUAAUUCAUCCAUUGUUUAACGUUGAAACAGCUGAUUACGACGCAGCAAUAAUCCAGGUGAAAAACUCCUUCCAAGGAUACAAAAAAAUUGCUCGCAUACCUCUCCAAAACGCGGAAGUUCCUAGCAAUACUUUAUGCUGCGUGGCUGGAUGGGGUUAUAAUGGACAAACAUAUCCAGACAAUCUGCAAUAUGCCGCCCUGCUAGCAAUAUCACAACGGCAAUGCUCAGAAGCAUGGUUUGGCUUAACUACACCCGAAAAUAUUUGUGCUCAGCGAGGCAAAAACGGGGACUUGUGUGCUGGCGAUAGCGGAGGUCCAUUGGUCUGUAACGGAAAGCUAACAGGUGUCACUUCGUAUGGUGGAGAAGGUUGCCGGAGUGAACUACCGUCAGUUUUCACUAAAAUUACGGCUCCUGCCAUUAGGCUUUUUAUUAAGACUUAUGCGGGAAUUUGAGAUACUUCUCAUGUUUCUAUUCCUGCGUUACUUUCAGGACUUCUUGGACCGUUUCGCUUGAAAAGCAAACUACUAUUGCAGGGUGUGCAAACUAUGAAACAGUAGAGCAAAUUUGUCUAAUUUUUGGUGUUACACUGAUGAGCUUAGAAGAGCAGAAUCAUUAUCCUUUUUAUCA